CUUCCUCUUCUCUCUUUCUCCACCAUUGUGGUCUGUGAGAUUCGUUCUUCUUCACCAUGUCUUCUCACAAGACUUUCAGGAUCAAGAGGUUUCUGGCCAAGAAACAAAAGCAGAACUGGCCCAUUUCCCAAUGGAUUCGGAUGAAAACUGGUAAUAAAAUCAGGUACAACUCCAAGAGGAAACAUUAGAGAAGAACCAAACUGGUUCUAUAAGGAAGGGCACAUCAGAGAUGUCUCAUAUUUAUGCUGUAUUUGUGUUGUCUGCCUCUUGAAGUCACAGAAAAGACCACUGCUGUGGGGACAGUUUGGCAUUUU